AUGUUGUUGAGUGAAAAUAUCAAAGGGCUCCUACAGGAAACGAUAAAGGAUGCGCCGUUGCUCGAGGGGAAAACCCCACCCAUAUAUACAUCCAUGAUAAUAACAAAUAGAGGAAGCAUUCUAUGGUACGUCAACAAUAAGACCCCAGAAACGUAUAACUCGUCAGUCACAAACCUCAAGAUGAUGGCCUUGUUGAUCAAGGACAAAUGGUGUGAGGACAAGGACAGUGUGCCUGCAGACACAAUUCAUCAUUUUGAAUUGGAAGACCUACACAUUGCGCUUUCCAGGAUCCCCGACAGCGACCUUCUUCUCGUGUACAUUGCCGGAAACGAGUUUCCAAACGGACUAUUGGGCCUCAAGCUGAAGUACUCGUUGGAGGCGUUCCGUGACUUGCAUGGAUACAGGCUUGCAGGGAACUAG